CCCAGAUCCACUUCCUAACCCCACAAUUGGGACAUUUGAUCAUGCCCCAAUCUUCUUUGCACAAACGUGAGAUAUUUUUCCCAAAGGGGAAGAGGAUAUCAGCGUAUAAAGAAAUUCGGAUAUUUCAACCUUGUGCUGGUGCCAAGAAUGACAAAGAAGAAACCUGGAAGGAUUUGUAAGAUAAAUAUUACCCAUACCUAUAACGCUACAGUUUGCUUUCUUUGUCCCACCCUGGCCCUAGUCUUUGUUUGCUGGAUGCAUAAUUAACGUCUGUAUUUUGGAAAUGGCAAACCUGUGUAACACAACAGAGUAGGAACAGAAAGAGUCUCUCUUAUAAAGAGAAUGUGAAGCUGGUCUCGUGAAUUAUAUUUAUUUAUUUUCAUCUCCGUCCUGAGUUAUAUUUUUCCCCACCUACACACGACUAGCAGCAGAUCAGUGCGAACGUUUUCAAUGACUAGUCCUGCAGCUCCACUCAGAACACUUCUGCCUGCAGUAUGUCGCAGCCCUCAUAAGCCUCUUACCCCCGUUCACCAUGUCGAACGAAGGUCAAAGCGGCGGAGUUUAGCUUGCUCAUCGUGUCAACGAAAGAAAGUAAAGUGCAGUGGCCCUCCUCCCUGUGAAGCAUGCGCUGCAACGAAUAGCGAGUGUUUUUUCGAGCCUUUAACAGACAAACGGCGAAGAUUGACACGAAAGGCUGUAGAGAAAGACAUGGAAAGCUAUCGACUUGUAUCUAUGUUCUUAAUCAGUAUCCUGCGUUCUGGGAAGGAAGAUGAUGUGAACAAACUAGUAAAGGAGAUUCAGAAAGCCUCAUCCCUUGAUUCUGCUCUUGCAGAUCUGCAGUCAUUAAUUUCUCGGGAGAAGAGCUGAUUCCUCUUGCUCUGUUGAAAAUCAAACUGUGUUUAGGUUCACCUUUUUACUCUAAUAGCAUCUCGAAUAGGAGUCGUGUUCUGUUUGAUUUGCCACUGAGUUACAUCAUAUUUACCUGCUUAUUGUUG